UCCGGGACCCCGCAGGCGCUGCCGCCCGGGGACGCCGAGCUGGAGACCCAGUCCUGCGCGCGCGCUUGCAGCGCGGACGCGGACGAGCACGAGGCCUUCUGCACCAGCGAGUUUGCCGUGAAUGGAAUCGUGCACGACGUGGACGUGCUGGGCGCGGGCCUGCGGCUGGUGACUCUACUGGUGGACCCCGAUGGGCUGUACAAGUUGAGCCGCCUCUACAUCACUCCCGACGGCUUUUUCUUCCGCGUGCACAUACUAGCCCUGGACUCUUCCAAUUGCCAUAAGCCGUGUCCAGAAUUUAAGCCUGGAAGCCGGUAUAUUGUGAUGGGCCACAUCUACCAUAAGAGACGGCAGCUCCCUGGUGCUCUGCUCCAGGUCCUGAGAGGGCGCCUGCGUCCAGGAGACGGACUGCUCAGGGGUAGCAGCAGCUAUGUCAAAAGAUUUAACCGAAAACGGGAGUGGCAAGUUCGAGAUGCCAGCCACGCUCGGUGCAUUUGAACAGAUCAACUCUCGACACCUGUGCCAUCCCAAGAGCCUUGAACUCGGCAGUAAGACGGAAGGUCGGUCUGCACAUAGUGGGGGUUCUGCUACUUGAAACUGGGCCCACAGCUAAGCUACCUUAAGAACUACGUGUGCAGCUUAACUCUGAAGCUGUCACUUUAUUGACAAAAUGCUGACAAGCUAUGCUCCCCAGCACAGUGGUAAAGUUACAGCAGUGACAGACAGACAGUGACACACACAGCUCAGACCUGACUUGACCUGCCAGGUCAACAGAUCACACCACUUCGUGUUGUUUUUAAGUUAUUUUAAUUUAAUACAUUUUCCCCAAUAGAAAUAGUUCACAAACAUUUCUUUAAUUUAAAUAUACAGCUUUGAAUAGUAUCUAUCAUGUGUCAAGCCAGAUUUCGUAUUUAAAGCAUUGAGUUUUGAAUUCCACAUGAGAGUAAACAUCCCCAUCAGAAUUCAUUUACAUAUGAAGUGUCAGAGGCGACACCAAGGUCAGAGCCCAGGCCAAGUAUGAAAAUUUUACAUCUCAAGGGUCAAUUCAGGCAAAACAUCAUUCAAAGUGUGUUCUUGAAGUACCCCAGUGUACUGUCAUGCCUCCUUGCUCCCAAUAGCCUGUUUUGUGUCAAACUGGCUUCUAUUCCAGCAUGUUUUCUGGUGUAUCUGAUGUCAUUUUUCUGUUAAGACCCAGUAUCACCAUUGUGUUUGUCAAGCAGUAAAUCUCGCCUUGAAAU